ACUGUGUGUGGCAUUUCGAUUUUUAAAAUUUUAAUAAAGUUUCAUCUUUAUUAUUUCCGAUUGACUCUCUUUCUCAGCUUUUGACGCUUGUUUUCUUUGCGAACAGAUAAUUGUCCUGUGACCUCUUUGAAAAUUUAUUUUCACCUGGAGAAAUUGUAUUAGUAAGCCCGAGCUGGUUCCUUGUGCUAUAAAAACGCGGUUGAUUCGAUAAGUUCAUAGCAGUUGGAACGGUAGAAGGACCUGCUUGAACCAUGUCUCGCAAGGGAGAAGGAGACACGGAAGCCAUUUUGUUGAACAACAUUCAUGCAGGAAAGAUUCGCGUUCCACGUGCCAAUGAUCGAGUUUAUAAGGAUGAAUGUGUGUAUUCGUUCGAUACUCCGGAAUCGGAAACAGGCCUGUACGUAUGUCUAAAUACAUUCCUGGGUUUCGGCCGCCAGCAUGUGGAGAAGCAUUAUGCGAAAACGGAGAACUCGGUGUUUCUGCACAUCAAGCGAACCAAAAAGCCAGUGCGUAAUCCCGUUCUGGUGCCUCAAAGUAAGGUGGAUGCGGAUGGGAAUCAGCAACCGAAACGUUUGGCCAUUGGGCUGGAAGGAGGCUUUGGUCUGGGCGAGCCGAAGUAUGACAUCGAAGAACAGUUCAGCUUGGUUAUUCUCCCCGAUUUUCUGACGAUUCCCUUGCCUACUAAUGAUCUACCGAUUGUGGUACAGCAGUCCAUCAGCGGAGUCCAAAACUGCGACUCUGCACGGAAAGUUGAGGAAAUGAAGCCGUGGGAUGGAGAGCAGCGUUUUAUCAGCAAGCAUGCUUUCGAACUUGUGCAACUAAAUCACGGUAUCAAAGUGCCUCCAUCGGGCUGGAAAUGCGAAAAGUGCGACCUCAAGGACAAUCUGUGGAUGAAUUUGACCGACGGGCGGAUAUUUUGUGGACGAAAAUUUUUCGACGGCACCGGUGGGAAUAACCACGCCAUUGAGCACUACAACGCAACGAAAUACCCACUGGCUGUGAAGUUGGGAACGAUCACGCCUACAGGAGGAGACGUGUAUUCUUACGACGAAGACGAUAUGGUUAUCGAUCCUCUUUUGGCUGAACAUUUGGCCCACUUCGGAAUCGACGUGCAACAAGCGGAAAAGACGGAGAAGUCGAUGGCAGAGUUGGAAUUGGAUCUUAAUCAGCGGUAUGAUGAGUGGUCGGUGCUGCAGGAAGCCGACUGCAAACUGCAACCAGUGUUCGGUCCGGGAUUUACGGGCAUGAUCAACCUGGGCAAUAGUUGCUACAUGAAUUCUGUGAUGCAAAUGAUCUUCGUUAUUCCUGAAUUCAAGCAGAGGUACUUCUAUGGAGCGGAGGACAUUUUCAGCAAACGAUUGUCUGUGCCUCCACCGGAUGAUUUCAAUACUCAGAUGGCGAAAGUGGCAGUUGGUUUAUGGUCGGGGCACUAUUCCAAGCCACCACCUGAGGCACCUCGCGAAAACGAGCUGCCCAUUGCUCAGGGUAUACGACCGCACAUGUUCAAAACUUUGGUCGGAAAAGAUCAUCAGGAAUUCAGCACAAAACGCCAACAAGAUUCUGAAGAGUAUUUUCGGCAUUUGCUUACGAUGAUAGAGCGUAAUAAUCGAACUGGGAGCCCAUCGGAAUGCUUUUCAUUUAAACUGGAAGAACGCUUCCAGUGCCUACAGAGUAACAAAGUGCGCUACGUAUCGCGAUCGGAUUACGUUUGGGCCGUGCCCAUUCCGAUGGAAAUGGCGAUGAAUAAACAUGAACUAGCCGCAUUUGAAGAGCGCAAAGCAGCAGCCGCGGCAUCUGGAACAAAGCCCUCCGCUACAGAAAUUGUCCGUCCGAUGCUGAGCUUUUCAAGCUGCGUUCAGGCUUUUGCAGCGACGGAAGAACUAGAGGAUUUUUACAGCAGUGCCAUGAUGGCGAAAACCAAAGCGGCAAAAUGCACUCGCUUCGCCACUUUUCCUGACUUUUUACUUGUUCAGCUCAAAAAGUUUACUGUUGGGGAUGACUGGAUACCGAAAAAACUGGAUGUAUUGGUGGAUAUGCCAUUGACUCUCGAUAUUGGCUACUUACGUGGAUAUGGUAAAAAGCCGGACGAAGAACUGCUUCCAGAGGAAAAUCAGCCGGCUGUGUCCGCCCCUGUAGUGCGAAUUGACGAGGCCAUGGUCCAACAGCUAAUGGAAAUGGGAUUUUCGCGAGAAGGCUCUCUACGCGGAGCGUACAGCACCGGAAGCACCAGUGUGGAAAAUGCAAUGAACUGGAUCGUGGAACACAUGACUGAUCCAGAUUUCAACAGUCCAUUUGUGAUACCGGGAUCUAAGAAAGAAAUUACAAUAUCCGAGGACAACAUUGCCAGUAUCAUGACCAUGGGGUUCACCAGAGCUCAGUCAAUUCGUGCCUUGCAGAACACCGAUAACAAUAUCGAACGGGCAGUCGACUGGAUAUUCAGCCACGCAGACGAUCUUGAACAGCACGAUAAUACGACGAACAGCACAAGUGCCUCAUCUGCUACACCUAAGGACGGUCCCGCUUGCCGUGAUGGCCCCGGCGCCUACCGCCUUCGUGCCUUCAUUAGCCACAUGGGUAAUUCUACAUCAAGUGGCCAUUAUGUGAUUCAUAUUUUGAAAGACGAUCGGUGGGUCAUCUACAAUGAUGAAAAGGUUGCUCUUUCGGAAAAGCCUCCAAAAGAUCUGGGUUAUUUGUACCUUUACGAGCGCGUGAAAUGCUGAGUAAAUUGAAUUCACUUUCGCUGUUUGCUUCGUUUUUUGCUAAACAUCUUUUGUAUUAAUUUCUAACUUUUGAUUCGUUGGGUUAAAAAGUUCCGGGUCUGCAUAAGAAAUAUAAAACCAGUCAUUGAA